UCACUCACUUCUCACCCCCACGAGUGUGUGCAGUAGUAAGUGUACAUGUUUUGAACCCUUUUACUGUUUCAAUCUACCUUCAAAAUUCCACAAUCACCCACCAUUUCCAUCAUAUAUUUCUUGACAUUUUUCAUCUCUCUCUCUCUCUCUUCAUAUAUUCCAAUUAAACAGCCAGCAACAUAGAAACUAUUGUAACAAUCAUCAUCAUCAUCAUCAUCAUCAUCUUCUUGUUCUUUGUUGUUUUACUAAUGAGUAGAAUAUUUGCUUAUUCUUUUGGCUCUUUAUCACUCAACACUGAAAGCCCUUCAAAGAUCAAUGAUGGUUUCAACAUCUAUGGCCGUCUAACCACCUCAUCAUCUUCAUCAUCUCGUUCUAAUGAUCAUCAUUGUACUUCAAGAAACUUUCAUGAAGAUGAAGAUCAUAAACAUCAUAAUGAUAACAAUAAUAAUGAUGAUGAUGAUGAGGAAAGAGAGGAAGAAGAAGAUGAACACAUUGACCUAAAUCUUUGUGGAAACUACUCCUUAAAUAGUAACAACAUUCAUGACACUCAUCAUCCAAAUGGUGGAAUAAGAUCAUGUGGGCAGUUAAAGACAAGUGCAAGAGGCCAUUGGAAGCCUGCAGAAGAUGCUAAACUCAAAGAGCUUGUUGCCCUUUAUGGUCCCCAGAAUUGGAACCUCAUUGCUGAGAAACUUGAUGGCAGAUCAGGUAAGAGUUGCAGAUUAAGAUGGUUUAAUCAACUAGAUCCAAGAAUCAACAGAAGAGCAUUCAGUGAAGAAGAAGAAGAAAGACUAAUGACAGCACACAGACUCUACGGAAACAAAUGGGCAUUAAUGGCUAGAUUAUUUCCAGGUAGAACUGACAAUGCAGUCAAGAACCAUUGGCAUGUUAUAAUGGCUAGAAAAUAUAGAGAACAGUCUAAUGCCUAUAGAAGAAGAAAGAUGAUUUUCAGUCAAAGUCCAAGUCCAAGUCAAACAUCUGCCACUCAACCACCACCAUCACCACCACUCUCCACCACUGCCACUGCCACUGGUCAUGGUCUCCACCAAAUGCCACCGCUUGGUCUUAUCUAUGGUCCUAAGAACAACACAGAGUUGAUGAUGGGCAUGUUUAACAGCAACACCAACAACAACAAUAGCAUCAUCUCUUUCGAAAACCAAUCAUCAUCAUCAUCAAACCGAUACUCGACGAUGAGUACUCCUAACAGCUCCAUCAACUUCCAUCAUCAUGAUGAUCAGCAUCCACCAGCUGCUAUGAACCAACAGUUGUAUAACCACCGUCUUUACAACUACAACAACAGCAGUUAUUCACAACAACAACCCCCAACAGAUUUUCCUGAGGUUAAUAACAACAUUUCACCACAAUUUAUAGACUUUCUUGGAGUUGGAGCCAUAUGAAAAGAAAACCUUAGUGUUUAGCAAGUAAAAGCUGAGAGAAAAAGGGUUUGUUUCUUCUCUCUUUUUAUUUGCAAUAACCCAGUAAAUCUGCAGAGGAUCUCUAGUACUGACUGUCAUCAGCUAGUUAUUGCACAUUUUUAGAAAUAAUUUAAAAAAAAGUGGAAGUAGGACUAUGAUUUUCUUGAUGUAAGAUUUGGUGAAAGUGGAAUUAAAUUAUGAAAUUUA